UUAAAUAUUUUUUCAGAGGUUAAAAAUUAAAUUUUAAAAGACUAUUUCGGGUGGAAAAGGGUCCUCUGCAGAGACAGUCCCUGAAAACCUCCAACAUGAAGCGUAUUCACAUUGUUGUGUUACUUUUGUGCUUCCACUUAAGUCUUUGCAAGCUCACUUCAACAUCAGACACAUCUCAAGAGGACCUGGUGGAUAAAAAGUGCUUAAUGAAUAAAUACACACAUCUCUCCUGCAAUAAAGUCUUCUGCCAACCGUGGCAGAGAUGCAUUGAGGGGACCUGUGUUUGUAAACUCCCUUAUCAGUGCCCAAAGAAUGGCACCUCAGUGUGUUCAACUAAUGGGAAAAGCUACCCAACUUACUGUAAACAAAAGAGUUUGGAAUGUAUUCGUCCGGAAUCAAAGUUUUUACACAAUGGAACAUGCAGAGCUAAAGGAAGUUUUAAUGUUUCCUUGAGAUAUAAAAAUAAAGAUUCAGAGGGAAUUGUUGAAGUAAAACUUGUGGAUCAAGAUAAGAAAACGUUCAUAUGUAAGAGCACCUGGAGCAUUACGGAGGCCAAUGUGGCCUGCCGUGACCUUGGAUUUCAGCAGUGA